CACUUCACUUUACCCUCUUUUCCUUGUCUUUUCAUUUCUUUCCUCUCAUUCCACUUUCUUUCAUUUCUCUCUAUUUUGGUGGUGCAAAAAGACGCGUCGCUUAAUCAUCAGAUAUUCACACGCGUAUAUUUCGCGUUUUCUCGAAUCUUGGGGAUCUUUUAAACAAUUCGAUUGGACAGAAAAGUCAUUCCUUGUUCUUAUAUGCUGUACUACAUCAAACAUGCAUAAGUGCUAGGUAUUUUAUGCAUACCUACUUCUUUUCCUUCUACUUUUAGAAAUUCCGGCCCAACUUCUUUUUCUAGUUGAGAAUUCUAGCUCUGCUCUCCAUCUCUUCAUUUCAUCCAUUUUCAUUUUUCAACCCUCAUAUUUUCACGAUAUGACAAUAAUACCACGAAAAGGCUGAAGCUAGCUACACCGACAUUGCGAUAUCACAUUCUAGAAUGAACCUAUCCGUCUCGGCCCUUUGGAUUGUACGGUGUGUGCUCGUUUUCAUGGUUCAUGCAUGAAGAAUAAACAAGCAUCUCGAAGAAGAAUAAGAACACGGGAUGAGAUAGAGAUUUACGAUGGAAGGAAUGUCAAAACUCCAGAGCUCCAGGUUUUGAUACCAUCCCUGUCAGAAUUUGGGGCCAAGAAGUGUCUGGUAAGGUCUUACGAGGUGGAGUGAAGAGGAAGAGAAUGGCAUCAUGAAAAUGCUGUACUUUGCGACACUCGAUACUGAUAUCGUCGACACUUCUUUUCCUAUCAUGUUUGCAUAUUCCUCUCUGAAUCGAGUGACUCGGAUCCAUUGGGCUUGAUCAACAACUUUGGUAUACGAUGUGAUGUGUACACACAAUCGCGUCUAUCCCACAUUCUCAAACCUUGGCAAAUACCUCAAUACAUCUUGUCAUGCUUGUCAUGCUUCUCAUGCUUGUAAAAAAUGAGAAGAAUUCCUGACUUUAUUAUACACGUGAUAUAUACUUCCACAUCACCUUACUUUUUGCCUCAAUACUAUAUCUUUUCUUCUGAAUCAAGUCGUAUUUUAUGAGAAUCACAGAAUGAUACGACAAUCAUUGCCAUAUCAUUUUGCUGAGCGAGCUUCAUAUACGCGCCACACUUACAUGGCUACCGUCCACCUGAUUUGAGACAUCAAAUUCCUUUUCAGUCUUAUCAUACCGUAAGGGGUAAUAUCAUUGCAACGUAUUAACGAUUACUCUGUCCAUUUCAUUCUGUACUUUCCUUACUAUAAUUUCAUCUUCAAGUUUCACGAAUGAUCAAAAAUGGUCCUGUCGCAGCAAUCAUUUCAAUUUUUCAAGUUUGGUUUAAUAUUCAUUGUUACUAUUGGUUUCGGGUUCUAUCUUUUUUCAGAUCACGAUUAUCAUGAGACACUUCAAAUCGCUGUCUCAGGGAAGAAAGGGAUCUUCGUCCAAAAGGCUCUUCGAACAGAUAUUGAUGGACCUUUUGAUGAUUCGACUUUAGUUGAAGUCUGCGACAACACGGAAUGGAGAGAAGGGUUGAUUUUCCAAUGUGAAGCACCAUAUGGAGGAGUUGCGAACAUUCGAAAUAUACUAUUGAAUUGUGUUCGAUAUGCCAUUGAAGCUGGAGCAACAUCAAUUGUCAUCCCAGAACUUAAACUUUGGAUACCUCAUAAUGAUAGGCCAAACACACCGGAUCCAGAACUGAAUACCGGCUUACAGAGUAGGAAAGAAAAGGAUAAUACUGCGCACGUUCCAUUCUCAUACCUUUUCGACCUUGAUUUCUUUAAAGAAUCUUUGACUGGAGCAUGCCCUCGAAUCAAGUUUAUUCCACAUAUCAAUGAUUUAUAUACGGCUCCUAGCACUCAAAAUCCACAUCCUCUUGAUCCGGGUUCGUUAUCCCCAGAGAAAUUAGAAGAACCAUUCGAAUCUCCCCUUGCCAAUCCUGGCACAUGGGCUAAUGAUUUUACGACCUGGCUCAAUGAAAUAAAUUUUGAGUUCUCGGAAAAGCUGCCAAUGCGUGUGACAAUCAAGGAGUCAUUGCUACAUUGGCCAUUGAAGUACGAUAAUCCGGACUUUGUCUCUCAAUUUGGACGACUAAUUCGGCCCAAUCAAGAAAUCCGCACUCUCGCCUCAACAGUCCUUUACGCACUGUCUCAAAAGUACAAUCUUCGAUUCAAUGCCAGUGAAGGAAUACAAGAUAAAAUGUACUAUGGCGCACAUCUUCGAACAGGUGAAGACGCAAAAGCAGCCAAUUGGACCGGUGUGGAGAAGCAAACUCAAAAUUAUCUUCAAGCAUGCAAGCACAAUAAAUUUCGAGUAAUUUAUCUCGCUUGCACCUCUGAAACCGAUAUCAAACACUUUACCUCUCUCGCUCAUAGUUACACUACAUAUCAUAUCCACGUCGCUACGGCUGCCAAUCUGCUUACUCUUCAUCCCAAAGAUCUAGCGAUCUAUACCUCUCUCUCUUCACCCCAACGCUCUCUAAUCGACUUUGAGGUCCUGCUCAAAUCUUCCAUCUUUGGCGGUACCCUCGAAUCAUCAUAUUCCUGGAAUAUAGCACUUCGCAGACAUAUAGUAUGGGGAAACGGAACAUGGAUACCACAAGCUGAAAAUUUUGUGUUUGAUCGUGGGGAAGCGAUCAAGGAUCAGAAUGAGAAGGAUGCGGGUGCGAUAGGGGGACCGGUAGGGGGGUAUGGAGGGGGUGGGUUCCAGAGUUUUAGAGAUGGAGCAGCGGGGACGGGGAAGGAUGGGUUGGGGAAUCCGGGGAGGGGGGGGUAUGGGUUGAGUGUGGUUUUUGGGGAUCCGUUGAGGGGGCAAGAGUGGGAGAGAGGGUUGUGGCCUUGA